AUGAUCUAUUGCCUAACCAGGAGUCCACUGACAUCUGUAUACCAGUUAAGCUGGUUAGGAAAACACUGUGCUGUUAGGAGCUUGAGCAUCAGUUCGCAACUACUUUCUGCUCACCAAUUUACAAACAAAUAUGAAUGGAUAACAGUAGAAAAUGGCAUUGAAACAGUAGGAAUAAGCAAAUUUGCCCAGGAGGCAUUAGGAUAUGUGGUGUACUGCAGUCUUCCAGAAGUUGGCACAAAGUUAAAUAAAAUGGAUGAGUUUGGAGCUUUGGAAAGUGUGAAGGCUGCAAGCGAAUUGUAUUCCCCUUUGACAGGAGAAGUAAUUGACAUAAAUAAAGCUCUAGCUGAUGACCCUGGACUAGUAAAUAAAUCCUGUUAUGAUGAUGGUUGGUUAAUAAAGGUGACUGUAGAUAAACCAGAAGAACUUGAAGAGCUGAUGGAUGAAGACGGUUACGAGAAGUACAUAAAAUCUAUUGAGGACUGAUUAAGAUUUUUUAAUUAAGUAGUCAAUCAGAUG